AUGUUGAGUGCCACUCCUUUUCCAUCACGUGAAAACAGUAGUCACAACUUGACACCAACAUCAGACAACAGGUCCUUUUCUCAAUCAUCUUCAUCCUCUCGACAACCACAUCAAUUACGAACAAGAAAUGGUCAUCAUGCUCAUCAUUUCAAUCAUCAUGAUAUCCGACGUGUCUUGAGUCAAGGAAAUGUGGAACAAGUUGAGUUGGAUGAUGAAUUUUCAUUGCGACAUGAUUCCAAUACUACUGAAUUGAACCAAGCAUCUGAAUCACGUCGUCUUUAUCAGCAUCCUCAUACUACUAUUCGACCGUCAUCACAUUUACCUUCUUCCUCUUCAUCGUUCAAUUCCUUGUCAAGUGCUUUGGACACCAAUCAUCAACAUGUUCAUUAUCAUUUAGAAGAGGGUGAUGAUGAUUUGAAUAAUGCAUACACUACCAUCAUGAUCAAACAAAAUCAUCAUCCUUACCAACAGGUGGAUCAACUCCCUUCAUUGACCUCAAUCAACACCACCAGCACCACCAAGACUUCAACCACUAGUGGCAAUAAAACUAUCACUACUGGUAGUGAUGGUUCUCAACUACUUUCUCAAAGAAGAGACACCACUGUCUACUUGUCCUCAACAAGUCUAGACGAUCAUCACUAUGGCGAGAACUGCAGUCAUGGUGGACAUGACGAAGAAGAAUAUGGUGUCCACAAUCAUCAUCCUCUUCCUCUUCAACACAAUAACAAUGGAGAGGAUGAUGACACUCAUCACCACUUGGUCAUGCUCAUUCCUCCCCAAAAAAAGUCGAGUAGUGGAGGUGCUGGUGGUACAAAUCACACUCAACAACAUUCUCAGAAUGAUGACCAUUUGAAGAUGGAACAAGAACAACAACACCACAACAUUCUCAUUGAUAAAUAUCUAAGUUUUGAACAACAUUUAUUACGUCGAAGUGAUAAAAAAAGAGACAAUCAAUAUCGAACUCAAUUAGAAUUAAUUACUGCCAUUGAUGAACAUUGUGAUAGUGUUCUUCAUACUUAUUCAUGGUUUCGAUUAUUUAUUUUAUCCUUAAUGGGUGGAGUCUAUGUUGCCAUUGGAACCCUCACAAGUGGACUCAUUGCAAGUGAUGUCACAAGUAAGGCAUUUCAAAGAUUUAUGAUUGGUGUGGCAUUUGUGGGCGCAUUUACAAUGAUUAUAUUCAGUAGAAGUAUUCUCUUCACAGAAGUGAACAUUUCAGUGAGUGUUCAUUUAUUUAAGAGUGAUCUCAUUGGAAUUAUUCGAAGAUCCUUCUAUUGGGUCUUUAAUUCAAUAUUUACAUGUUGUAAAAAUCACAUGCACGUUAAAAUUAGAAGAAUUAAGAGUAUCAAAUUAAUGACUCUAUUGUAUUCACUUCGAUUAUGGGGUAUUGCUAUUAUUGGAAAUGUAUUAGGAACUGUUCUCAUGAGUGCCAUUUUGAAUGGUAGUUUUGUGUGGUAUGACAAUGUUUCUGUCAUUCAAUUCCUCGCAAGUACGACUUAUAAGAAAGUUCAUACUUUUGCUGUGAGAGGUGUUAAUGGAUGGUUUUCAUGUCUAUUAUCUGGAAUGGUUGCUAAUUUCAUGAUUGGAGUGGCAACCUUAUUAAGUAGUUCAGCAACAACGAUUACUGGAAAAAUUACUGCCUUGUCUUUUCCAAUCAUUGCAUUUGCUGCACUAGGAGUUCAACAUGCACCUGCUAAUCUAGGUUACUUUUCACACAUUUUCAUUUGGAAAGAAUUAUUUGGUGUGAAUACCAUUUCCAACAACUUGACUUCUGCUAUUACACCAGAAAUUCAAUACAUUUCUGAAGAGAUUCAAUGGUGGGAUGCAUUGGCUUGGAAUGUUGUCCCUGCAGGAAUUGGAAAUGCUAUUGGUGGAAUAUUCUUGGCAUUUAUUUUUGUUUAUAUUUUCAUCAAGUAG